GUAUUUGGAACCCAAACUACUAGUUUUAGAGUUCGGUCCCGGCUCAUUACUGGAGAGCAAGUCACAGGAGACCAGCUCAGCGGCUGUUUCUGAACGUCCAGGCCCGCGAUGCUGCUGCUGUUGGUUUCAGUGAUCGUGGCGUUGGCGCUCGUGGCACCGGCUCCCGAAACACAGGAGAAAAGGCUGCAAGUGGCCCAGGCGCCCAACGUGGUGCUGGUCGCCAGUGACUCCUUCGAUGGAAGACUAACAUUCCAACCAGGAAGUCAGGUAGUAAAACUUCCCUUCAUUAACUUCAUGAGAGCACGUGGCACCACCUUCCUAAAUGCCUACACUAACUCUCCCAUCUGCUGUCCAUCACGUGCAGCAAUGUGGAGUGGCCUUUUCACUCACUUAACAGAAUCUUGGAAUAAUUUUAAGGGUCUGGAUCCAAAUUACACAACAUGGAUGGAUGUCAUGGAGAAGCAUGGCUAUCAGACACAGAAAUUUGGAAAACUGGACUAUACUUCAGGGCAUCAUUCCAUUAGUAACCGUGUGGAAGCAUGGACAAGAGACGUUGCAUUCUUGCUCCGACAAGAGGGCAGGCCCAUAAUUAAUCUUAUCCCUGAUAAGAAUAGAAGGAGAGUGAUGGACAAGGACUGGCAGAAUACAGACAAAGCAAUUGCUUGGCUAAGACAGGUUAACUCCACCAAACCAUUUGUCCUUUACUUGGGAUUGAAUUUGCCACAUCCUUACCCUUCACCAUCUUCAGGAGAAAACUUUGGCUCUUCUACAUUUCACACUUCUCUUUACUGGCUUGAAAAGGUAGCUUACGAUGCAAUCAAAAUCCCAAAGUGGUUGGCUUUGUCAGAAAUGCAUCCUGUGGAUUAUUACUCCUCCUACACAAAAAACUGCACUGGGAAGUUUACUGAAAAUGAAAUUAAGAACAUUAGAGCAUUUUAUUAUGCUAUGUGUGCUGAGACAGAUGCCAUGCUAGGUGAAAUUAUUUUGGCUCUUCACAAGUUAAAUCUUCUUCAGAAAACUAUUGUUAUAUAUACUUCGGACCAUGGCGAGAUGGCUAUGGAACACCGCCAGUUUUACAAAAUGAGUAUGUAUGAAGCUAGUGCCCAUGUUCCUAUUUUGAUGAUGGGACCAGGAAUUAAGGCCAACCUACAAGUACCAAGUCUUGUUUCUCUUGUGGAUAUUUACCCUACUAUGCUUGACAUUGCUGGGAUCCCUCUGCCACUGAACCUGAGUGGAUACUCCUUGUUGCCACUGUCGUCAAAUACAUCUGCAAAUGAGCAGGCAUUCAAAGUCCACCGUCCACCUUGGAUUCUGAGUGAAUUCCAUGGAUGCAAUGCAAAUGCUUCCACCUACAUGCUGAGAACUGGCCAGUGGAAGUAUAUAGCCUACUCUGAUGGUACUUUGGUACAGCCUCAGCUCUUCGAUCUUUCACUGGACCCAGAUGAGCUAACAAACAUUGCUACAGAAUUUCCAAAAAUUACUUAUUCAUUGGACCAGAAGCUUCGUUCCGUUGUAAACUACCCUAAAGUGUCAGCUUCAGUCCAUCGGUACAAUAAAGAGCAGUUUACCAUGUGGAAACAAAGCAUAGCACAAAAUUACUCAAAUUAUAUAGCACACCUUAGGUGGCAUCAAGAUUGGCAAAAAGACCCAAGGAAGUAUGAAAAUGCAAUCCAGCGGUGGCUUGCAGUCCACUCCCGUCCACCAACUCACAGCCCACUUUUCUCCAAUAGCAGUAGACAAUAAUAAAACUUUCUCAAGCUAUACAUGAAUACGUUAGUACAUACUGAGCUGAAAUAGCCUCAGCGAUUGCCAAUUUUACUUACUUUCAAAAUACAUACUGUAUCUCAAGUGCCAAUGAAUACAGAACUCAUAUUGUCAGAACUAGUUAUACUAAAACCUUAUUGUUGCAGAGCUCUGACAGUUUAACAUCAGAAGUAUUUAAAGAAUAGAAGCAGGCACUCUUAUUUCCCUGGAUGAUACAGAAUAUGAACUAUUUUAACAACCAUCAGUUAUUAUUUAUGAAUCGUAUUUCGUGACUUACUAGUUCUUUUAUGAAACUCUUUAGAUAUAUUUGAUGUUAGAACUACUUAAUUGGAUAUAGACUCUGAAUAUAGUUGAUUUUAGUUUUGUUGUUGUUAUUUUUUAAAAAAAGAAUAUGAAGCUCCCUUCCUUUCCCGGUCAGACCCUCCAAAGGGCAACCACAAUCACCUCGUGUCCUUUGUGGACAAGCUACAUAUAGUCAUCAACCAAAUGAAUAUAUUAUUUACAUGGACAUGCAGGCACACACACAAUUGAUAAUGUUCUUUGUAGGGUUUUUUCUGGCAUAUUGUGCUCUGGCUUUAUUUUCUAGUUCCAAUUUAACAAUAGAUGCUGAAAUGUAAAAUUGCUGAGCAGGGAUCUACAAAAAUUUCUGUCGAUUUUCUCAAGUUGUUUCUAAAGACAUUCUAGCAGUUGGCAUUCCCACCAGUAGAUAGCUAAUAUUUUAUCUUUAUUUACUGUGAGUACUGACAUUUUUUUCAUAGAUCUAAUAACCAGUAAAAUUUGCAUCAGAAUGACUUUCCAUAUGUCUCUUGGCCAUUUUCUCUAUAGGUUAUUAGCAUUGUCUUUCUCUUACAUGCAUACUUUUAGAUAUUAGCCUUUUGAAAAGAAAAAAAGGACUAGAGAGAUUGUUCUGUGGUUCAGAGCUCUUGCUACUCAUCCAGAGGACAAAGCUCCAAUUAUUGACACCUAUACAGUGCCUCACAACUUGUGCAUAACUCCAAUUCAGGGAGCCAGUGCUCUUUCUGGCCCCCAAGGGUGCCAGGCAAACAUGUAGUGCACAGACUAAAUGCAGGCAAGACUCAUUCAUAUAAAAUUUUAAAAAUAAUAAACAAUACUUUUUUUAAAAAACUACUGGAAAUAGUAUUUACUUUGUCUUUUGCUAUUGACCCGGGGAAAAUCUGUAUUUUCUUGUAACAUAUUUAUAAAUCUUUGUACCAAAUAAAUAUUGUGAUUUUUAAAAUUAAAAUAUUCAUUAAAAUGUUUAUAAAUCUUUAUUUUGUAGCUUUUAGAAUUUGUGUCCUAUUGUGAAUGUUCUUCUCUCCGAUGCUCUGAUGUUCAUAAAGUUUUGUUUUUAGCCCUUAGAUCUUUGAUCCAUGUAAGAUUCUUUACAUAUUAAAGAUCUGACUUUAGUUUUUA